AUGAUUCGAGAGCAGGACGAAAACGAGGUUUUUACAAAAGCUGACAAUUUCAAAUGUUCCGUUGCGGAGCCCUGGACCGCUCGGCCACUGCACAGUAGCAUCAUAUCCGGCCGGAACUACACGAUUGAAGUAGCUCAUCCUCACAAGGGAAUUCACAAGCUUCAAUGCGAGUCACAAGGUCACGUGGAACGCUGGCUGGCAGACUUCCAUAACAACAAGUCGCCUGACAGGAAUAACCGGCGCCGCCAUGCUACACAGCUUGAGCUUUGGGUGUCUGAAGCGAAAGGUCUGCCAACAAAAAAUAGACGCUACUAUGCAGAAGUCCAUUUUAACGAACAAAUCUACGCGCGAACGUCUGUAAAAGAAAUCCAAAACAGCUCAAACGGUAUUCAAUCUGGGUCGAUUGUGUGGGGCGAGUACUUCGAGUUUCCAUUUCUGCCGGACAUCAGAAUUGAAACCAUUCGUUUGCACAUCUAUCGCGAAUCGGACAAAAAGAAACAUAGAAAAGAUAAAGAUUAUAUCGGACUUGUGAAUAUACCGAUCAGCUCGUUGACUACGGGUCAAUUUUUCGAAAAAUGGUUUCCAGUAACAACCCCGAAGUCGACCUCAAAAUCUGAAAUAUCCGUCCGUAUGAAGACACGCUACCAGUCCCUAAAAAUAUUGCCGCUUGAACUGUACAAACCCUUCGCUGAGUAUCUCACCACACACUACCUCCGAAUAAGUCAAAUCCUUGGCCCCGCUAUGAAUGCUGAGCAGAAAGAACGCGUUGCUGGAUCCAUGGUGCGCUUGAUGAUGGACACUGGAAAGCUGAAAGACUAUCUGACCGAUUUGAUGGAACUUGAAGUCAAACGUCUUGGGGAAGAACAAGAAGCGCUUCUUUUCAGAGAAAACUCAAUUGGAUCAAAAUCCAUCGAAUCGUUUCUGAAACUCGUUUGUCGAAAUUACCUCAACGAGUGCUUGAGUCAAGUUGUAAGAGAUGUGAUCAGCAACUCCGGCGAAAUCGACUGCGAAGUCGACAAAGAAAGAUUAUCUCCGAAUGGGGAUUUGGAGGCAAAUCGAUCACAGCUUACGCGCACUGCGUAUACAGCCGUGAGAAGGAUCAUCGCGCAAAAGAAUUUCUUCCCAAAUGAACUGCGCGAGGUGUACGUCGCCUGGCGAGAUCGGACGAAAGAAUGGGGCCGCGAAAAACUUAUCGACCGUCUGAUUGCAGGAUCGCUCUUUCUCCGACUAUUAUGUCCAGCAUUAUUAACGCCCUCGUUGUUCGCACUGGCGCCGUCGCUGCCGAACGAUCGGGCGAGCCGGACGCUCACCUUGACCGCGAAAAUAGUGCAAUCAAUGGCCAACGGCGCCCGCUUCGGAGCCAAAGAAGACUAUCUUUCAUACCUCAACGAAGUGCUCGACUCGCAGCGUGACGAGUACAAGAAUUUCGUAGAAGCAAUCUCCACUCGUCAGAUGCCGCUAAAAGCGGGUUUCGAGGGACAUGUUGAGCUUGGAGUGGAACUGGCAAAGUUACAGCAGGUACUGAGCUCCGUUCUGGCGCAAAACGAGGAUCUGAGGAGAAACGAGCAGCUAAGAGACUUACGCAAUGUGCUCGACAAAGUUAAAUCGAGCUUGGAAAACGAAAACGAAAUCUAUAUAGAAAAGCCUUCCUCCACACCGUUGUUAACACCAAGAAGAGACCCCCUUUCAUUCCAGAACCCAUCUUUCAACUCGAAUUCUCCACCCGAGCUCAUUCCCAUCCACCUCAAUCAAAACGGCAUCGAUACGAAAAAGGCGCUUGACGAGUUGGACAACGAAGUGCACUACCUUCAAGAAAGCAUCGGCAUGCGGACGAAAAAUGAACUAACAAGCACGUGGCUUAAUCAAAAUCACCAACGAGACCCAGAGGAGCUAAUUAAAAUCAAUGAAGAGCUCGAAUCUAAAAUUCUUCGCCUUGAAUCUGACAACGCCAAGCUACUGAAAAAACUCUCUGAUAGCCAAAGCAAUAACAACAAUGACCCAGGGGAAUCGACCUCGCGAAUGCUGCUGGAAAAGGCGUCUAAAGCCGAACAGGCUGUUCAAGCAGAAAGAAUCCAAAUGCAACAAGUCAUUGACACUAAGCAGCGGCUUAUUGAGAAGCAGAACUACCGCAUCAGCCAGCUUGAGAACCAAGUCGAGCAGCUCCUCAAAGACAAGAAAUCCUGA